UGAGCUCCAAAAGAAACCUUCUCUGUAAUGUUGGUAUCGUAAUCUCCUCGACCAUCAUUUUCCACAUAUUGCAUUUUUAGACAUCUUCCCAUUUCAAGAUAACCUUGUCCCCUCCCAAUUCCAUGUCUAUGCUCGGAAAAAUCUAAGCUCUCCUUAAACUCACUAAAAUUAUCUAUCUCUUCAAAUGACCACAAUUAUGGCCGUCUCAACUUCCGCAUUCUUAUUCACACCUUCCGUUAGCUCCAAGUCCACUACUUUCUCCUUCUCUCCUUUAGUUUCACAUCGCAAAUCCUUUCCUUUCCGUUUCACCACGUGGUUUCCUCAGUUGGGUCCAUCUUUUUUUUCUCAAUGGAGUGGUCUAAAGCAUCUGGGCAUUUCAAUGUCACCAAAAUCUCUUAAAUUAGAAAAAAAAGGAAGAUGUAAAGGAAAGGUGGUUCAUGCAUCUUUGUUUGGCGUUGGAGCUCCUGAGGCUCUGGUUAUUGGGGUAGUUGCUUUGUUGGUGUUUGGUCCCAAGGGUCUGGCUGAGGUUGCUAGGAAUCUGGGGAAAACAUUGCGUGCGUUUCAACCCACCAUUAGAGAACUUCAGGAAGUUUCGAGGGAAUUCAAGAGCACCCUUGAAAGGGAGAUUGGUCUUGAUGAAAUGCCGAGUUCAACACAAAAUACACUGAAUAGGAACAGUCCCUAUCUAAGUAACGCUCCCCUAACACCUUCACCAGUUACCAGUGCUGAGGAAACUGGUAGUGAUGCUGACCCGGAUGGUGCUCAAUCCAUAAAAGACGCAUAUACUAGUGAAGAAUACUUAAAGAUCACAGAAGAGCAGCUAAAAGCUUCAUCCAAACAGCAGAACCAGACCGCCUCUCCCAGCGAGACCGAGUUAGGAUCCCAAAAUCAACAUGAAGCUACUCCCAAAGAAACUACCACUGCUGCUGCUGCUGCGAUGCCUCCGUCUCAGAAACCAGAAAGCGAGACGGAAAAUCCAUGAAUGGAGAUAGAAUGUUUAUCGUAGAGAAGCCUCUAAUUAGGGUACUAGAAACUUCCUCAGAAAGGUAUAAAGCAAGGAAAGAAACACCACGUUUUGCCCCUUUGUUAUUCAUCUAAAUUUUGGUUCAAGUCACUGUAUAUUAGAUCUUUGCAAAUGUGCUACCUGUACGUAGUAACCAAGAGUAAUUGUACAACAUAAUUUGAUCUCAAGACGAUGUUUUCAUUGGAGGACUGCCAUGUUUUGGAUUAGUGAUUGUCAAAUCCUCAUUUUGUUCCUCUUCA